AUGAACAUAUAUGAUACUAUAUCAGUAAGCAAUCAGAAGAUGAGUUCAUCCAUUUUCUCUUACAAGCAUCUACGAGGUCCAGACCACGAGCUAGACCUUAAGUUGAGAGCCCCAGUUCCUGGGACCAGCUGCCACGUAUGUCAUCAGCAAAUUACUAGCGGGUAUUACACCUGCCGAGACAGUGGCUGUGGAUUUGUAGCGCACCGCCAGUGCGCUCCCUGCUGGCCUAGAUAUGCCGGCCACCCCCAGCAUCCACUUUGCUGGUUGAAGUUGGUGCAGCCACCGGACGACACCCAUUGUUUGGCAUGUCGGAGCGUCUGUUCCACGUGGAGGUAUAGGUGCAUGCGCUGCCAGGUUGAUGUACACCGUCCUUGUAUUUUAAAAUCAGAUGGUGAGCCACGUCGGCCUCCUCUUCCUCAGCCUGCUAAUGAUAUUCUACCUAGAAUAUACCAGUAA